AUGUCGACGUUUUCGCCGUCUCUGGUCCUCUCUCUCAUCCUUCUCAACCUACUUUUGGUUUCAUCGACCACAGAGAUGAUCAAGGAAGGAGAGAUUCGACUACCUUCUGAGAAGAUCAACGGCCAAUUCUGCAACGCAACGGCUAAACCGGUUUCUUGCCCGGUUAAAUGUUUCAGGGCUGAUCCGGUUUGCGGCGAAGACAGCGUUACUUAUUGGUGCGGUUGUGCAGACGCUUUAUGCCACGGAGUUCGUGUUUCAAAACCAGGUGCAUGCGAUGUUGGUAAUGGCGUUGGUUUGUCUGUUCCAGGACAAGCUCUGCUUUUGAUCCACAUUGUCUGGCUCGUGGCUCUUGCCUUCUCUAUUCUCUUAGGCCUCUUCUGACAAAAUCUUUUGUUGAUAUAUUUUUUAUUUAUUUAUUGUCCUGUAUUGAAAACUACAAAAAAAAAAAAAAAAACUAAGAUGAAGAAGGAUCGUUAUUUGAUUUGGUCCGUACAAA